CUAAGAAUAAGCCACGUUCAUAUGGCUAAAAUGAGUCCCUCAAACCUGGAUCACCACCUCUAGGAGUGGUAAACUCCGAGUAGGACAAAGCACCCCACAAUGCGCCACACAUCAGGAAAGUGGAUGCUGGUGGCGUGCUGGGACCGUCCUAAAUCAUCGAACGGCUCGCCGGUUUGGGCUUGGAAUUCAACAUUGUUCUUCAGGCUGAAAGAGCUUCACAGUGGAUGCAGGCUGCAGAAUGAAACGCCGAAGGCUAGCCGUAAUUUGAGAACAAGUCAACGAUGAUCUCAUCUUGGUGUCAAUUGCGAGCGGAAUGACAAACGACACUGGCGUUGGACGUUGUAUGGUCAUGAAUCUCAGAGAAUUCUCGCCGGGGAUUGAUUUGUGGAGCGGAACCAGCGCGCCGGAAAUACGAGGCCUCGAAAGCCGGAUUCUGGACAAGGCCCUGGCGAGGGAUGUGCACGGUCGGCACCGAAAAGAGCAAC